AUGUAUCGAAAAGUAUCCAUAUAUCGAAAAGUAUCAAUAUAUCGAAAAGUAUCGAAAUAUCGAAAAUAUCGAAAAGAUAUCGAUAAGUAUCGAAAAGAUAUCGAUAAGUAUCGAAAAGAUAUCGAUAAGUAUCGAAAAGAUAUAGAUAAGUUUCGAAAAGAUAUCGAAAAGUAUCGAAAAGACAUCGAAAAGUAUCGAAAAGUUAUCGAAAAGUAUCGAAAAGAUAUCGAAAAGUAUCGAAAAGUUAUCGAAAAGUAUCGAAAAGAUAUCGAAAAGUAUCGAAAAGAUAUCGAAAAGUAUCGAAAAGAUAUCGAAAAGUACCGAUAUAUCGAAAAGUACCGAAAAGAUAUCGAAAAGUAUCGAAAAGAUAUCGAAAAGUACCGAAAAGAUAUCGAAAAGUACCGAAAAGAUAUCCAAAAGUACCGAAAAGAUAUCGAAAAGUACCGAAAAGAUAUCGAAAAGUACCGAAAAGAUAUCGAAAAGUACCGAAAAAUUUUCGAAAAGUAUCGAAAAGAUAUCGAUAAGUAUCGAAAAGAUAUCGAUAAGUAUUUAUAUAUAAUGAAAAUAUCGAUAUAUAAUGAAAAGUAUCGAAAAGAUAUCGAUAAGUAUCGAAAAGAUAUCGAUAAGUAUCGAAAAGAUAUCGACAAGUAUCGAAAAGUUAUCGAUAAGUAUCGAAAUUUUAUAGAUAAGUAUCGAAAAGAUAUCGAAAAGUAUCGAAAAGAUAUCGAAAAGUAUCGAAAAGACAUCGAAAAGUAUCGAAAAGAUAUCGAAAAGAUAUCGAAAAGUAUCGAAAAGAUAUCGAAAAUAUCGAUAUAUAAUGAAAAGUAUCGAAAAGAUAUCGAAAAGUAUCGAAAAGAUAUCGAAAAGUAUCGAAAAGAUAUCGAAAAGUAUCGAAAAGUAUCGAAAAGAUAUCGAAAAGUAUCGAAAAGAUCGAAGAAAAGAUAUCGAAAAUACCGAAAAGAUAUCGAAAAGUACCGAAAAGAUAUCCAAAAGUACCGAAAAGAUAUCGAAAAGUACCGAAAAGGUAUCGAAAAGUACCGAAAAUAUAUCGAAAAGUAUCGAAAAGAUAUCGAAAAGUAUCGAAAAGAUAUCGAAAAGUAUCGAAAAGAUAUCGAAAAGUAUCGAAAAGAUAUCGAAAAGUAUCUAUAUAUAAUGAAAAUAUCGAUAUAUAAUGAAAAGUAUCGAAAAGAUAUCGAUAAGUAUCGAAAAGAUAUCGAUAAGUAUCGAAAAGAUAUCGAUAAGUAUCGAAAAGAUAUCGAUAAGUAUCGAAAAGAUAUAGAUAAGUAUCGAAAAGGCAUCGAUAAGUAUCGAAAAGAUAUCGAAAAGUAUCGAAAAGAUAUCGAAAAGUAUCGAAAAGACAUCGAAAAGUAUCGAAAAGAUAUCGAAAAGAUAUCGAAAAGUAUCGAAAAGAUAUCGAAAAGUAUCGAAAAGAUAUCGAAAAGUAUCUAUAUAUAUCGAAAAUACCGAAAAGAUAUCGAAAAGUACCGAAAAGAUAUCGAAAAGUACCGAAAAGAUAUCGAAAAGUACCGAAAAGAUAUCAAAAAGUACCGAAAAGAUAUCGAAAAGUACCGAAAAGAUAUCGAAAAGUACCGAAAAGAUUUCGAAAAGUACCGAAAAGAUAUCGAAAAGUACCGAAAAGAUAUCGAAAAGUACCGAAAAUAUAUCGAAAAGUACCGAAAAGAUAUCGAAAAGUACCGAAAAGAUAUCGAAAAGUACCGAAAAGAUAUCGAAAAGUACCGAAAAGAUAUCGAAAAGUACCGAAAAGAUAUCGACAAGUACCGAAAAGAUAUCGAAAAGUACCGAAAAGAUAUCGAAAAGUAUCGAAAAGAUAUCGAAAAGUAUCGUUAA